GUGUACUGAGGUAUGAUAAUUAUGAUGAGUGUAAAAGUAGUUACUUUACUUCAGGUGGUGGAGAUUCUAUGCGUUAAAAUGACAAUAAUGAUAACAAAAAUAAUGGUAAUAAUAAUAAUAAUAAUAAUGAUAAUAAUAAUGCUGCUGCAGUAUUGCCUUGUAUUUCUUUUUUUUAAGGUACGGACUAGAUUUUUCAGGCGCGCUUUAAUAGUUUUGGGUACGGUACCGGAGGUGCGGAGGUGCAGUACCGGAACGAGUGAAAAAAUUUUAGGCGCAGAAGUACAGUACAUCCUGUCGUCGGUUCUGGACAGCAUUGUCAAGUUGUGGGAGCUGUCAACAGGCCGAUGCCUCAUUGCCUACACUGGUGCCGGCUCAGUGGGCCGGCAGGAGCACAGCGCACACGCCAUGUUCAGCCACACCGAAGACUUUGUCAUGUUCCCGGACGAGGCCACCACCUCCCUCUGUGCCUGGGACGCUCGCAAUGCCCAGAGGAAGAACCUGCUGUCCCUCGGUCACAAUGGCCCUGUGCGACACAUGGUCCACUCACCCUGCUCGCCGGCCUUCAUCACCUGCUCAGAUGACUACUGGGCAAGGUUCUGGUACCGCAGGAAUGUCCACUGAAACCCUUCAACAAGACUUUGCACAAUUUUUGUUUUAUAACAAUACAGUUGGGUGUUUCAGUUUGUACGCACCUUGUAAUUAGUACUCAUGUCGAGAAUAAAGGUACCUUGGAAAAGUAAGCGGAAUUAAAAAUAGGAAUGUUUGUCAAAGUGAAGAAUGAUUAUCAAUGUAUUUUGACAGCAUUAGAUACUCAAUCUUUCUUAUGCUUGUCUAGUGAAAAAUAAGAAGAAGAAGA